GGGGCGGGCGCGGAGUCCGGGGCGAGCGGAGGCGCAGGCGUCGGCCGAGCGGAGCGGACGCGCCCCAUGGGGAACACGCUGACCUGUUGCGUGUCCCCCAAUGCCAGCCCCAAGCUGGGCCGGCGCGCGGGGCCGGCAGAGCCCGACUACGAGUCCGAGGUCUACGAGGCGGCGGCCGGGGACGCGGUGGCGGUAGCGCCGGCGCCUGCUGCGGCCGUGGAGCCCGCCGAGUUGGAUUUCGGAGCCGGCGAGGGCCACCACCUGCAGCACAUCAGCGACCGAGAGAUGCCCGAAGAUCUAGCUUUGGAAUCAAACCCUUCCGACCACCCAAGGGCAAGCACAAUUUUUCUCAGCAAAUCUCAAACGGAUGUGCGUGAAAAGAGGAAGAGCAACCAUUUAAACCAUGUAUCUCCAGGGCAGCUUACUAAAAAGUAUAGCUCAUGCUCAACAAUAUUUCUAGAUGACAGCACAGUCAGCCAGCCUAACCUUAGAACCACAAUAAAAUGUGUGACCUUAGCAAUAUAUUACCACAUAAAGAACAGAGAUGCAAAUAGAUCCCUGGACAUUUUUGAUGAGCGGUCACAUCCUCUCACAAGAGAGAAAGUUCCAGAGGAGUACUUUAAGCAUGACCCUGAACACAAAUUUAUUUACAGAUUUGUUCGUACACUUUUUAGUGCCGCACAGCUGACAGCGGAAUGUGCAAUAGUGACAUUGGUUUACUUAGAGAGGCUCCUAACUUAUGCUGAGAUCGACAUUUGUCCCACCAACUGGAAAAGAAUUGUUUUGGGAGCCAUUCUUCUUGCCUCCAAGGUUUGGGAUGAUCAGGCUGUAUGGAAUGUAGACUACUGCCAGAUCCUCAAGGACAUUACGGUCGAGGACAUGAAUGAGAUGGAAAGGCAUUUUUUGGAGCUACUCCAGUUUAAUAUUAAUGUUCCUGCAAGUGUUUAUGCCAAAUACUACUUUGACCUUCGCUCCUUAGCAGAUGACAACAACCUGAAUUUUCUGUUUGCUCCUCUCAGCAAAGAAAGAGCACAGAACCUAGAGGCCAUUUCAAGAUUGUGUGAAGACAAAUACAAAGACUUGUGUAGAGCUGCUAUGAGAAGAUCUUUAAGCGCUGAUAAUUUCAUUGGUAUUCAGCGCUCUAAUGCCAUCCUCUCCUAAGAGAGAGACUCGAGGAGUGAGAACACCAGGAACUCCUCAUUGACAGACUGGAGAAAUAGUACCUCUCCUGAUCAGAGACCAGCAGAGGUGGGACUCCACGGAAUGGGAAGACCUCGGAUUCAAGAGACUCUGGACAGUGACUGCUGACUCCAUAGGAAAGAAUGGGACCUUGUCAAAGCAACCACUCUCUGUCCUUUGUAAUGUAGACGGUCACAGCAGAAACCACUUCACAGCACAAGCGCUGACCACACAGAUAGUGCUUACCAUGUAGGCCGAUGGCUGUGAAAUAUGUGAGGUUUUUAAAUUGUUUCAAUUUUUAGACUUUUGUUUGAGACAGGGUCUUACAUAGCCUGGGCUGGCCUCAAACUCAUUAUAUGAUUGAGGCUGUCCUUGAACUACUAUCUUCCUGCCUCUACCUCCCAAAUGCUGGGAUUACCAUGCCUGGCUCAGAUUUUUAGACUUUAAAGACACUAACCAGAUAACUUUCGUUUUUCUUGUUUUUCUUGUCCCUGCCCCACCCACCUGCUGCAUAUGCUUUUAGAAUUGAUACAUUUCAGUAUUACCAUUAAAACAUGAGAAUCCUUCCCCAUUUUUGUGGUGCUGGGAAUCAAACUGAAGACCUAGCGUGUGCUUGGUGAGCAUUUGACCACUGAGCUACACUUCUCAGCCCCAAACAUGGGAUCCUUAAUACUCAUGAAACCACCUAGGAGCUCAUUAGGUAUUAAAGGCUCUCCCACUGUGUCAUCAAAGCUGCUAGUCAUUACUGGCAAUCAGUUUAAAUUACCAGAAAGCUGCUGGGAAACAUCCGCCAUUCGUAUUGUUUGCAAGCGCUGCUUGCUAGCAUUUUAGUAUGUUUGGAGCCAUAAAGAGAAAGUAUCCGCUGUUGACUACUUCUGUUUGCCCACACUGCAUUUCCUGUGAACUAUUAAUGGUGCUUCUCGUUUUCUGAUUAUUUUUCUUAUGUGUUAAACAAGUGUAUUAAAAGAUGUCUUCAUAAUGCCAAACAACAUAGCGGUUCAGUGAUCAUGAUCAAAUAGUAAAAAUACAAGGUGUCCCCAAAAUUAGUGACUGCUUUGCACUUACUGUCCUGCGGGCUCUCUGGGGACACUACAACAGAAGCAUAAAAGUCACACACUUCACAAAACAUCAUUUGAAAGUUUUAAUUUUACCAAUUUGAAAUAAUUAAGAUAAUUUAAUUUUUUUGUUUCUCAAAGAUUGUAAACAUAAACUAAAAAUAUUCCAAAUUUGGAGAAUUAAGUUGAAAAGAAAGGUAACUUAAAACUUUUAAAUAAUGUUUCAUUAGUUUUGUAGCAUUUAUAGUUCUACAGGCAUCAGAGCAUCCUCUGCAUGGAGACUUGGGAGCUGCCGUCUCUCUCCAUGGAAGCACUCCCAUUUUCAAGUAGUUCUUUGCCAGGCUGGGCUCUGACUGCUUUGAUCACCUAAGUGUCUUUGCACUCAGUUAAGGGAAGCUAUGAAAAGCAGUGUUAACUCACAUGCAACAAAUCAAAAGGAAUCAGAUACUCAAACAGCCAGUGAAAUGAACAAUUUAAAAACUACUCUGCAUGCUCUCCUGGGUGCAGGUCUCUCUCAAACUGCAUCCUUGCGGCCCUACACACGGGUAUCAAACAGCAGGGAGCAAAGACAGGGAAGUGAUGGCAGCAGCGGCUAAAUCCGAAAUAAUAAAAGAUUUGCAUCCUACAACUAUGUGCAUUCUAUUUCUUCUCACAUCUAACCUUGGAAAUCUUACCUGAAAACAAGACUUUUGUGGGCCAAGAAUCCUUUCUCUUGAGGCUGCAAUGCUUCAUAUGCUUGUAAGUGCUGCCAGGCUCAUCAUUUUUAAAGGACAGACAUAAGUGUUAAAGAAGGGUGUAUGAAAUAUUACAAUCUACCACCUCAAACAUUGUUUAUGGAGUUCAGAGCUUAGAGAUUCAAGUAUUGAUUGCAGUUUUAUUUUGAAAAGAAUGCUACAACUUAAUGUGGUUUUUCUUUCUCAUGUUUAUAUUAAAAGAAAAGCUAAUAAAUUCUAUUUUAAUUAAAA